AUGAUGAUUACUUUAAGUUUGCUUAUCGUCGGUUUGUGUUUAUUUCUUCAUAGAAAAUUAAAAUCAACAACAGGAUCCGUUUCAUUACACACUCUUCCGUGGUCGGAAGAAAAUUUAGAAGUUUUCACUUUAAGUGGCCAGGAAGAAAUUACAGGAAUAUAUUUGCCCCCAACGCCAAGUCCUCCUCCUGCAUAUGAAUCCGUCGUUAAAGUUAACAUAAGAGAUAAUUUAGAAAUGUUAAAAAAAUGUUCAUCAUCACCAGAUAAUACGAAAACAAAGAAAACAAUACGAUGUUCAGAUGAUGAAUUACCUUCGUAUGAGGCCGCAAUUAAAUUGAAGGGUGACGACUAUAUUUAG